AUGGCAUCUCGUGAAGGGAUCAAUCCCUUGCGGCCUUACUAUAUCCCUCCCUCUGGCUUAUCGCCCACUUCAAAUGCGCCGCCUGAGGUGGCGUCCCCAUCGUCGGCCCAGGUGUUUGGCAGCACCGCCCGUGAUCUCAUUCCGGACCUGGACUAUGCCGACUAUCUCGAAGCUUCCCCGUCUAUCUCCGACUGGGUCCGCGAUGCAUUGAACCGAGCGCUUGUGCGCUACACUAAGGUGCUCACUGCACAACCGUUUGACGUUGCCAAAACCAUCUUGCAGGUCUAUGUUGUGCCGGACGCCACAGACGAGCAGUGGGACCGGAAGUCGACGCCGGUUCCUGGAGGAAGCUCUUACGACUCGGACUCGGAAUCAUCCGAUGACGAAAACAGCUACUUCUCCUCAGCGGCCCCUUCUACACCGACACCGAGUACAGCUCGAUCUCGCAAAUCGCGCCACCAUAUCACCGACCGCAGUGGCUACAUCCGGCCGGAGUCCGCGGCACAGCAAUCAAAGCAUGCCUUGACUAUCAAGAAUCCGAACUCUCUGACCGAUGUUCUAUCUCAAUUGUGGUCGUCCAGUGGCCCAGCUUCCCUCUGGAAGUCCUCCAACACCACAUUCAUUUACUCCCUCCUUCUUCCGACCUUGAAUACUUUCAUACGCAGUCUUCUAUCCGCAAUCGUCGGUUUGCCAGAAGACGACAUCGCCUCGUCGAUGACCGCCGACAUCCUGACCGCAUCAUCCCCUCUGGCGACGCUAGUCCUCUCCUUCAUCUCAUCCUCACUAUCCGCCCUGAUCCUAGCUCCUAUCGACACCGCUCGCACAUUCCUAAUGCUCACACCAGCCACCCAUGGCCCGCGGUCCCUUGUCCGAGCUAUCCGCCAGCUCCCCACCCCCAACUGCACGAUCCCCUCGCACCUCGUACCAAUCACCGUCCUCCAUUCGAGUCUCCCGAACCUCAUUAUGACCUCAACCCCACUCUUCCUGAAAUCAUACUUGUCCAUCGACCCUCUCUUAAACCCGAACGCAUGGAAUCUCUGUGCAUUCCUUGGCUCAGGUCUUGAACUUGCUGUCCGAUUCCCGCUCGAGACCGUGCUCCGGCGCGCCCAGAUCGCCACAUACACCUCCCUUAGCUUGCGCCAGAAGUCCUCCAACUGUAGCAUCCGUGCUGCAUCUAUCGAUGCAUCUGAUGUGGAAACCAUCGUUCCAACUCCGCGUACUUAUCGCGGAAUCAUCGGCACGAUGUGGCAUGUCGUGUAUGAGGAGGGUGUCAGCUCGACCCCAAGCGAGAAAGAGCGCGCCAAGCAGCUCCUCGGUCGGCGCGACUCACAGGAGACUCAGAAACGGAAGCAGGGCCAGGGUAUCCAGGGCCUGUACCGCGGCUGGCGUAUUGGCAUGUGGGGUAUCGCUGGCAUCUGGGGCGCCAGCUUGUUGGGCGGAUUUGCUGGCGGCAGCGAAGACGAAGUCACAAUGAAAGGGGGCCACGGCCGUUCCAGCGGUGGACGUUUCUAA